GUAUUUAUUCUGUAGACUAAAAAAUUACUAGAGAGGACUUUUGAAUUAAGCUGAAAAUACAAGGUGAAGUUGGAGGUAGAAGGAAGAGAAUAAUGGCUAGGUCUUCUACCUCAACAAGCAAGGAUGCACAAGACCUUUUCCGCGCUCUAUGGUCUGCAUAUUCCGCCACCCCUACAAAUCUCAAAAUCAUUGAUCUCUAUGUUCUCUUCGCCAUCUUCACCGCACUUCUUCAGGUAGUUUACAUGGCGCUGGUUGGAACAUUUCCAUUUAACUCUUUCCUUUCUGGAGUACUCUCUUGCGUCGGGACUGCGGUUCUGGCUGUUUGUCUUCGGAUCCAAGUCAACAAAGAGAACAAGGAAUUCAAGGAUCUCGCGCCCGAGCGUGCUUUUGCUGAUUUUGUUCUCUGCAAUUUGGUGCUCCAUUUGGUGAUCAUGAACUUCCUUGGUUAAAUUGGUUUUGUGUGGCUUUUGUUUGUUUCCAAGAGAACCCUCGGAUGAUAAAAAUCAUUAGUAUUAUAUAGUUCAGACAGUAUUUAAAGAGAGUUACUGUAGUUUCAUGUUGAACAUAAAGAUGCUAGAUAUUUUGCUAUAUUUUAAACUAUCUUUCUAGUGAUAUGAAUUACAGAAGUUGUUCACAUGA